AUGUCGAGGCUAGCCACGGCAACGGCUAGGGUCGUCAAAGGUGUCGCUCGUUUCAAGCCCACUCGCGCCCCUAUCACGUUGACGCCUGAAGCUAUUGUCCGAGUCAAGGAGUUGCUUCAAAGAGAGCCUACGGCGAACGCUUUAAAGAUCGGUGUCAGGCAGCGUGGGUGCAACGGCUUGACGUAUACGCUCGACUACGCUAAAGACAAGGCCAAAUUUGAUGAGGAGGUUCAACAGGACGGCGUCAAGAUCUGGAUCGACACGAAGGCACAGCUCUCUCUACUGGGCACUGAAAUGGACUUCGUCACGGACAAGCUGAGCUCGGAGUUCGUCUUCAGAAACCCAAAUAUCAAAGGAACCUGUGGCUGUGGCGAGUCUUUCAGCUUG